CGAGGCAUCGUCACUGAUAACUACUCACUACAACAUCAAACUUAAAAAAAAAAAACUUGCAAUUGCAUCUAAUACUUUCAUGGCACUUGCUUCCUUAGUACUUAGGUAGUCAUACCCAAUCGUGUUACUACUAGUAGUAGAUUAACCAAACUAAUACUUUCUUCUUCUUCUUAUUUUCGCCUUUUGUUCACUCUUCUUCUCCUUAAUUAUUUCUUUCUACUUUGAAAUUAAUACCGUUUUAUUAUCACACUCGUUAGACUGCCGAACAGAAAAUAGAUCCCCCUUAUAACAAUUUAGGUAUUGACCUUGUUACGGAAUAUCCCUAAUUAAUUCGAGUUUUACAACGAGACGGAUAUUCAUCCCUAUGGCGCAGCCAACGAAUCCUACGAACCCGGACAGGUGGUCCGCUAUGCUCUCACGAUUAAAUCCUGUACCUAGUUUUUCGGACUUUACGGGUCCUUACAAGGUCGGCACCGUCGAUGUCGAAAUUCCUGUCUCGGAACUGGACUCUCCCGCUCCCGCCCCAGACAAUGCCGCCGAUAUAGAGACAGUUCAAUUUCGUGUCUUCUACCCGACUAGCCCAGAGGCCCAAGACAAACGCAUCACAUGGCUGCCCUCUCCCCAGCGAGAUCACCUGUCUGCAUAUAUCCAAUUCUUAGGCGCUCCCUCGUUAUUGGCACAAGCUAUCUCCUUCUUGCCAAGACAUCUACACUACACUUCGAUACCCGUGGUAAAGAAUGCGCCCAUCUCCCAGCCGAAUACUCCGAACGGACGAUGGCCGACGGCAAUUUUCUCACAUGGCUUGGGCGGGAGCCGGAAUGCGUACUCACAGAUAGCUGGGUCUCUCGCGUCGCAUGGAGUGGUCGUCGUCUGCCCGGAGCAUAGGGAUGGUAGCGCUGUGGCAUCUUUUAUUCGAAUACCCUCACAGCAGGACCGAUUCUUCACGCGGAGCACACGCCGAGCCGUUCCUUAUCUGCGCGUAAAGCACGACGCCACGGACGAGGUAUACGCCUUGCGAAACGACCAACUCAGAAUACGACUAUGGGAGCUGGGCUUGAUACAUGAGGCUAUACUGGGAAUCGACAAGGGUGAGCCAUUGACGAACCUCAACAAAAGCACGCCCUCUCUCGACACUUUUGUUGGCAACUUGCACGUUCACAUGCCUGGUAGUAUUAUCUUCGCCGGCCAUAGUUUUGGCUCUGCUACCAUGGUUCAAUUCCUGAAAUCCGUCUUUUAUAUUGGCCACCCUAAGCUCGAAGCUAUGCCCGAGCAGCUCUAUGUACCGUCCCGCCAGUCCUCCAUCUGCAAACAAAUCACGAGCCGCAAUAUAACUAUCCUACUGGACAUGUGGUGCAUGCCACUACGUGCCAAAUCUACCAAGCCCUUAUUCGACCUUCCUCUCCCCGUCUACGCCGUCUCCCCCACGAAUCCGAUGCCACCCGGUGGAAGCGCCCUCCUCGCCGUCGAGUCCUCCGACUUCUACAACUGGGAGGACCAUCUACACGAGACCGCGCGAGCCCUGUCACCCGACCCGUCGGCACCCACCGUCCAGGCGACCGCGUUUUACAAGGGCAAUGCGUCUGGCGUCAAGUUAGCGGAGCCGCAUUUCUUCUACGUGGAGCGGUCCGCCCACCUGUCGCAGUCCGACUUUGGCAUCCUGUUCCCGUGGCUCAUGCGCCAGGUCUACAAGUCGGAAGAACCGGAGCGCGCCCUACGUCUUAACCGCCGCGCCAUUCUCCAGGUCCUCCGUGCCAACGGCGUACCUGUCGCCCGAACUUGGGCGGGUGAUCUGGUCGACGGCACGGAUACCGGGAAGAUUAUCGUCGAUAAUGUGUCUGCUGAUGCUGAUGUGGCCAUAAGUGGGGUUCAUGACGCAGAGGCUGGCGCCGGCGCUGUAUCUCCUGCGGAAGGGGAUGGGAGCGACGACAGAGCUAUCUUAGAUCGUAGCGGACGUAGCGUCGUAGACGCGUGGCACUGGAUCGACAUCGUGAACAUGGGCCAGGCUGAGGAAGUGAACGAAGACGGCUCGAAUGAAGGCGUCGCGGAGCAGGAGCCAGGGAUGGCGGGCGUCAUUGAACCACACGCUAACGAAAAUACAGCGGAGACGGCGACGGCUGGAUCAACGUAGAAUGUGUUCCGGUGGUGCAAGUGGUAUGCGUUUGGGAGAUGAGUGCGGCGGUAGCUACAUAUGAUGAGUUCACGAAGGAGAGGGGCUUAAACGCUUGAGCUUAUGGGGGAUGAUAUAUGGGUGGGUGCAUAAAAAGUGACAAGCGAAAAGCGUGCUGUUUUGUUGGUUUGAUAUUUUUACGAAGCGGGUCGUGUGUGUAUAUACCUAACUUACUGAGCACCUAGAUAGAUAGGAAGGCUCACUGGUGCAUUGCUAGAAAGGCAGACAGGCAGGCCGUUCGGCGUUUGUGAGGUUAUUUAGCGAUUUGGUGGGGUUUUACUUAGAGACUCA